AUGAAUCGCCUCUCGAAGAUGGUCGAUAAUCUCCAGUCCUCGCUGGACACCAAAAUCGAGCAGUACGAGGACGCGCUCAUCGCGCCGCUCGCCGACGGCGCCGAGAAGGUGAGCAGCGCGCUCCUCAAGGCCGGCGGCGGCCUCGGCGUCGCCGCGGGGAACGCCAUCUUCCGCGACGACGCCGACGACGCCGACGACGACGACGGCGCCGGCGCCGACGACGCGCUAGCGAAGGCGCUCGAGGACUUUCCCUCGCUCGAGAAGGCGGCGCCGGCGCCGGCAAAGGCGCGCGCAACCGCUCCGCCGGCGAAGGCGCGCGCGGCCGCUCCGCCGGCGAAGGCGCGCGCGGCCGCUCCGCCGGCGAAGGCGCGCGCGGCCGCGGCGCCCGCGCGGCCCCCGGCGCCCGCCCCGGCCGCGCCCGCGCCGCCUCCCGAGGCGCCGCGGGACCGGGCGGACUCGUCGGGCGCCGCCGCCUGGGAGACGGCGCGCGCGCUCGAGGCCGAGCGCGACGCGCUGCGGAAGGAGGUCGCGUCGGCCAAGGAGGCGUCGCGGCGCGCGCGGCUCGAUCGCGAGCGGGCCGUCGCGCGCGCCAACGGCGAGCGCGAGGCCGCCGUCGCGGGCGUCGCGCGGGAGCGCGACGCGGCGCUGAAGCGCGUCGCGCGGCUCGAGGCCGACGCGGCCGCGCUCGCCGACGCCGCCGCGCAGCGCGUCGCGCGCGCGCGCCAGGCCGCGCCGCCGCGGAGUCGCGCGCGGCCGCCGCGCCCGCGGCGGCGCCGCGCGCCGGACGCGGCCGCGGCCGCGGCGCGCGAGGCCGCCGAGGCCGGGGCCGCGCGCGACGCGGCGCUCGCGGCCGUCGACGGCCUCGAGAAGCGCGCGGCGCGCGCCGAGGCCGCGGCGGCGCGGGCGGCGCGGGCCGGCGAGGCCCGCGACCGCGACCGAAGCGCCGCGGCGUCCGCGCUCGCGAGGGCCGAGGACGACCUCGCCGCGGCGCGGGGCGCGCUCGCGGAGGAGCGGUCCGCGAAGAAGCAGCGCAACUUCGCCGCGCUCAAGACGCUCAACGACCAGCUCAAAGCGGCCAAGGCCGACGCGUCGGCGAGGGCCGCGGAGGCCGCCGCGGCGACGCGCGACGCCGCGGCGGCCGCGGCCGCCGCCGCGGCGGACCGCAAGGCCCUCUGCGAGCUCCGCGCGUCGGCGAAGGUGCCGUCGGCCGCCGAGGGCGGCGGCGCGGCCCUCGACGCCGCGCGCGCGGGCCUCGCGGCGUCCGAGGCGAUGCGCGAGGCCGCGGAAGCCGAGCUCGCGACGCGCGCGGCCGUCGGCGACGUCGCGGCCGCGCGGCUCCGCCGCCUCGAGGCGGACCUCCAGGCGUCGCGCGCGGAGCUCGAGGCGGCCCGCGAGGAGGCCGCCGCGGCGCCGCGCGCCGCGCGCGCGCGGCCGCCGAAGCGCGCGGCGUCCGCCGCGCCGCCGCCGCCCGCGGCGGACCUCGAGGCGCCGCCGCCGCCCGUCGUCGCCGCCGUGCGGCCGGCGCCGCGGCCCGCGGCCGUCGUCCUCCGGCCGUCGGCGUCGCCGGGCAUCGGCCAGCGCAAGCGCCGCGCGGGGCUCGGACUCCGGACCGCGGUCCUCGCGGCCUACGGCCUCGCCCUCCACGCGCUCGUCUACGUCGCCUUCUCCCACUGCCACGACCUCGGCUGGGACGCGCUCGAGGAGGCCGCAGGGGUGCGGUAA